AUGAAACGGCGAAUGUUCAUGGAGUACGUAAUGAGUUAUGCACUAGCGAACCGCCAUUUAUGUCCCUGCAGAGUUGUAAUCGUUGGUGCUGUCAAACAAAUCCCCGUCUCUUCCACUCGUUUUUUGGAUGGAGGAGCCCUUGCCUUUCGCCCCGGCUUUCUCCAAGAGGGUUUCAUUUGGCGUAAUUCAAGGAGCCGGUCUAGAGGGCCUGAAAGGCCUCCGCCAAUUGACGAGUCGUCAGAGGCUGUUUUACCACAGGGAGAUGCAGUUUCGCAGGACUGGCGCUGGCUCGCCUUGCGGUGCGAACGGCGCCUUAAUGCAUCAAUGCAGCAAAGGUCGGCGAAACCCGACAAGAUCGCCGACACACUUGGCCAUUCACUGGAUGUGAAGCAGUUUUCCUGCUUCGUGCCGAGGACUGUGCUGGAGGCCAUUGCAGACAAGCGCAUCAGGUACUCGGAUGACUUUGACGUGCAAGUUGAAACAUUCACGGCAGCAGUUGUAUUCUGUGAUGCAAGUGGUUUUACAGCACUAACGGAAGCCCUUGACACCCAGCCUAAUGGGGCGGAACGACUUGGCGGUAUUAUCAAUAAGUUUUUUGACAAGAUCAUUCGCAUUGUACAUUUCUGGGGAGGGGACAUCAUCAAAUUCAGCGGCGAUGCUCUGACAGUUGUAUGGCCGGUGGACGACGAAGAGGAUGAGGAUCGCCGUGAAGAGAUAAACGGAGAAGAUGACGCUGAAUACCGCGUUGAUGCGCGACAGGCGUGUCUUUUGGCAGCAAAGUGUUGUAUGAACCUCCACCAGUCCUUGCACAAAUAUCCGACGGGUUUUGCUGGAAAGACGCUGACACUCCACAUCGGUGCUGGCUUUGGGCGGGUCACUAUUUUACAGGUUGGAGGCAUCAUGGAUAGAUGGGAGUAUGUGGUGGCAGGAGCACCUUUAGAAGAAAUCUCCAUUGCAGAGCCGUUAGCCAGCACAGGCAAGUUUUCCCCAUAA